CUCGACAGCGCUACGAGAAAGACGCGGCCACACGCCGCAGUGUUCUCCUAAACUUUACGCGACUUACAACUGCAGUGAACUGGAUCAAAAAUAAAACUGAGAGUGUCAAGUUGCUAGUGUUCAAGUGUAGUGAUGAUAUUUGAAUGGAACAGCCCUUUCUCACGUCUCCUGGACCAACGUUGAUGUCAGAGGGGAUGGAUCGAGACCGGCUCGCCGAGGAGAUCGUACUCCUGGCACUAUUCUUAGUGUCGACUGCGGCGAAUUCCUUAGCCCUACUGGUCUUCUGUCGACGACCUGGCCUGAGGACAAUAUCUAAUCGGUUCGUCAUCAAUUUGCUGGCAACCAAUCUGCUGACCACCUCCUUGCUGGCGCCCGCGCUUUUUGGCGAGCACUCAGCCAAGGACAACGUAGCAUCGUGGGUCGAGGCUGGAGACGCCGCUGCCUCAGCGUGCAGUCUGGCAGCGCUACUGGCGGUGAUGCUGAUCGCGCUCGACCAGCACCACGCGGUCACUGACCCUCUGCGCUGCCACACCCGUCUCCUCCAACGACGCCCUGCAGCCUUAUGUGCAGCGACCUGGCUGGCCGCCGCGGGCGCCGCGACUAUUCGAGCAGCCAUUGCGGUCUUCCGCCACUUCUACCCGCUCGAGCCUAUAGUCCAGGGAGUCGAGUUCGCUUACUACAUCGUGUACUUAAUGUUGGGAGUCCUUACCCCAGCUGCUAUAGUUUGCGUGAUGUACGCGAGGAUCUACCGAGCGGCACGUUCGUCCGGACUCCGAGCAAGAGCGAAUGGAGCGAGUGCUCUGCAACUACAUGAGCCACACACACACUUACCAGAAUUAGUCGAAGAAGCCGAAGGGUUGACUUUGAGAAUCGAUGUGCCGGAUGCACCAGAUAAUGUUACGUCCGGAGAGCCAGAUCGCAAGUUUGGCCCGUUCCUGCUACCUCCCGAGCGUCCGCUUCGUUGUCCUUCUGUCGCGAGUCUCCGAAAUGCACGAAAAGAGGGAAAAUCUAACGAGGAUCUCAGGAAAGGAUUGCCGGCAGUCAGCUCUGCGCCAUCUCUGGCCGCUCCCCUGCUCGCCGUACAACCACGUACACCGCAGCCAUCCCACAGUGGCUCUAGAAUUACUUCGAUUCGGUGCAGAAUCUCGAAUGCUUCAUUGUUUAGAUAUAGGGAAGAAUCUCGUGCGGCCCGUGUUGGACUAUUAACGGGUGCGUUAGUGAUAUUACAUAUUCCUCAUGCCGCGACUGCCGUGGUAUCGGCCGCAGUGCCUGGACUAGCCGAGUGCGUGCGUACUCCCGCGUUGGCGCUGCUGCUAUUGGCUGCAGCCGCUUCUCCGUUCCUGUUCGCGUUGCGUUCCCGCCGCGUGCAGAGGGAGGCGAGGCGUUUGCUGUUGCCAGAGAAGAACGCGUGGGAGCGAGCGUCUGGCGCCGCGUCUGCCGCGGCUGCGGACGGGCAGCGUGCGCGUGCCGCGUUGGAAUUGUUGCGAACUUUGUCACCGGGCACCGGUGCGGGCGAUGCGCCGGCGCCGGGAAACGGCUCGGAUGCUGCCACCUGUAGGGGCUCAUUCAGCUCGGGCGGCAGCACGCAGCUGUCGUCGGCGUCGGACGAGUGACCGCCGCCCCCGCCUAGCGCGCCGCCGCGCGCCCCGCGGCUGCGUUUCGGCCCGCGCCCCACCGCUCUACUGAUCUGUGAUACUAGGAUAAGCCGCUCCACUAUCGGGGCGACCGUUAGACUGAUUUAGAUUUAAGUUAACUUAUUAUAAAUGUCCAUGUACCUUUCCGCCGAGCGGACGAUUUUAUUACCUGACAUAGAUGAUAAAUGUAUUCUAUGAAAAUAUAAGAAAUUCGUAUCGAAGUG